AUGGCAGGUAAUAAGAAAAGACACAGUGAAGUUAGAAAGGAAUCUCAAAAAGAAGCACCUAUAAAUUAUGAUUAUCUGGAGGAUGAUUAUGAUUUAUCAGGAGAUUUGACCUUGCCAAUGAAUGAAUAUUUAUCCGAUAGUGAUUUGAAGAGGUUUCUAUUGGAUGGUUAUUUGAUUAUUAAACCAAGUGAAUUAUCAGUGAAUCCACAAUGGCAUUCAAAUCUAUUUCAAUACGUUUCUGAAAUUUAUAAGGAGGAAGGAAAUUUGGGAAAUAACGUCUUGGCAAGAUUUCCACAGUUGAAUGAAAUUUUCCAAGAUAAGAAAGUGAGAGGAGUUUUGACAAGAGUUUUGGGAAGAGAAUAUGUGAUGCAAGCUCAUAGAUUUAUGCAUUUUACAGAACCUGGUACUUUGACUCAACAGUGGCAUAAGGAUUCGUAUUUUGGACAUGGUAGACCUUUGAGAUCUAAUCAAUUGAGAAAUGUCAUGUUAAUGUACUAUCCUCAAAAGACUGUUCUUGAAAUGGGUCCAACUGCAUUGAGAAAGGGAACCCAAUAUACUUGUAUGGAUCCAAAGAGAUAUAAGGGAGAUUUGCCAAAUGAAUUCGAAAAGGGAUGGAGAGAAGAUUGUGAUUUGUAUAUGGAAUGUGAAGCUGGUAGUAUCUUGCUGAUUCACUAUGAUCUUAUCCAUAAGGGAUCUAAGAAUGAUUUGAGAGAUAGAGCCAUGUUCAAAUUCCAAUUCAGUAGAGUUGUUGAACCACAAGUAGAUCCAGAUAUUGUAGGAAAUAUUAAUGGAUUUACUGAAUUUGAUCAAGUAGAUUCUGAAAAAUUGGAAGAAUUCGAAAAGAAUACUCAAUAUCCAAUUGCUAAACACAUUUGGAACUGGAUGCAUCAAAUUCCAUUCAAGCAAGAGCCAAUAGAUUCGAAAACACUUACCGAAGAAUCCCUCAAUGAAAAGGGAGAACAAUUGAGAAUGGGAAAUCAUUACCGUUUUGCUCUCUCUGGGCAAUAUAACACACUUCUGAAGAGAAUGGACUCUGAAGAUGAACAAUUCAGUCUCAAUUCAGCUCAAGCCAUGGUUGCCUGUAGAAUGCCAAGUGCCGUUCAAGCAGUUGCCUCCAAAAUCAUGAAUGGAAAAUUUGCACAUUUGAAUGGAUUGAUUGGAUGCAUGUAUGUUUUAAGUGAAUGGGGACCUUUUGUCAAAUCUUCAUUGGAUGACAAAUCACUUUCUGAUUUAAUUAAUCACAUUUGCAGUUCUAAAUCCAAAUAUCCAACAGUUGUGAAAAUCUAUGUUGCCGAAACUUUGGGAACCAUUUUCUGCAAUUAUCAAUUACAAACUCAAAACGAAACUUUCAACACAGCACUCGAUAAGUUAAUGGAUUUCAUGACAAGUGCAAACUUUGAUGAACAAACCAGAUAUGUCAGUGUUUUCUCUACAUUGAGAAUUGGAAACCAAGCCGAAAGAUCCACUCGAGCAUUGAACAGAGUUUUGAAAACAGAUCAAUGUAGAUAUGUUGUUGGAUUUGCAUUGGAUGCAUUGGAAAGAAUUGGAACAAGAGAUUCAAUGAGAAUAGUUUUGGAAUAUCUGAAAGCUAGUAGAUGGUGUUAUAUGACCACUAAAUCUUCACAAUUUUAG